CUCAUAGCGAGCAUGAAGUACAUCAAGUAUACUCUGGCCGACCUCGAUGCCUCAGCAUCCUUGUUUGCCCACCACCUACGGGACAACGGACUGCUGGAUGGACGUUCCAAAGGAGAUGUCACCAGUAGGAUGACUGUUGGACUUCUAGGCGUUAGCAACAUAAGUUAUGUAGUCACCGAGAUGGCGCUUUAUCGAAUGGGCUACUCUGCACAUUCUUUUUACCCAGAGAAGACGCGAUGGGACCCUAUAUUACAGUGGGAGGAUGAACAUCUUCUUCCAGCCACGAUCAUUCACUCAAGCGGAUCCACUGGUUUCCCAAAACCAAUUAUUGCAACAAACAAAGCGGCUGUCGGCAACUGCGCCAUGAAUUUCGGUCUUACGAGUUUAUCGACCUUGCCAUUGUAUCAUGGAAACGGUCACUCCAAUGUUUAUCGUGCAAUUCAUGCCGCAAAACCAAUGUACCUCUUCCCAACUGGAUUGAUUCCAUUGACCUCUACCAAUGUUAUCAAGCUUCUCGAGCAAGCUCCGGAUGUGGAGGCUCUAUUUGGCGUUCCUCUGGCAUUGAAACUCCUCGCCGAGACUACUGAAGGUCUGCAGGUCCUCAAGAGCCUUAAACUUGUCACGUUCGGCGGAAGUCCAUGUCCUGACGAGCUCGGCGACUUCCUUGUCAACGAGGGUAUCCGCUUGGUAUGCCAAUAUGGUCUUACUGAAAUGGGUCAACUCAUGACGUCUCUUCGGGACUUUGAGACUGACAAGGGCUGGAAUUGGGUGCGCGCUAAGGGGCCGAAUGUGAAAACGAAUGUGAAUGAUUACCUGCGAUUCGUACCGCUGGGCAAUGAUACCUAUGAGCUGCUCGUUUUAGAUGGCUGGCCUACGAAAAAUAUGACCAACCAACCCGAUGGGUCGUACGCAACAAGAGAUCUAUUUAUCAGGCAUCCCACCAUCCCAGAUGUAUACAAGUUCAUCGGGAGAAUCGACGACACCCUGGUCAUGGUUAACGGCGAGAAGACAAAUCCUGUCCCGAUGGAGCUCACCCUUCGCUCGUCGCCCUACGUUGCGGAUGCCAUCAUCUUCGGUGCCGGCCGCAUUCAGAUUGGAGCUCUGAUUCUUCCAACCGAAAUCGUGAAAGACUGCUCUCCUUCGGAGCUUGUCAAGCUUGUAGCGCCUAUCGUCGCCCUCGCCAAUGCCGAAGCUCCCUCGCACUCACAACUUGCGUCGGAAGCUCUCGUGUUUCUCCCUUACGGCACAGUAAUUCCUCGUGCUGAUAAGGGCAGCAUCCUGAGACCCCGGGUGUAUAAGGAGUUCGAGGGCAUCAUCAAUGAGGCCUAUAAACGGCUAGAGGGUGACAUAGACGAGGAUGGGAAGAGAAAACUGACCGAUGAGGUGGACGCGAGGACGGUCAUUAGAGGCGUAAUCGGCAAGACGGUCGAUACACCCAUCAACAGCCUAGAAGAUGACACUGACCUUUUCGAUUUUGGGCUAGACUCGUUGCAGUCUAGCAGAAUACGGAAUACUAUUCAGAGAGAGAUUUACCUAGGUGGCAAGAAGCUAGCGCCCAACACCGUUUUCGAGCAUCCUUCCAUCACGCAGAUUGCUCGACUCCUGAUUGCACUGUCCUCUGGCAAUGAAGGUGCUCUAGCGCAACGAAACCCGCUCGAGAUCGUGCUGGAAUUUGUUAAGAAGUACAGCUCUUUCACUUAUACACACAAGGCUGAUGUCGACGGAACGAAUGGAGCUGCACGCAACUUAGUCACCCCUCGCGUUGUUGUCUUGACUGGCGCGACUGGGUCUCUGGGAGCAUAUAUUCUGGAUGAACUUCUUUCGGACCCUUCUGUGGCCACUGUUUACUGUCUGUGCAGAGCAAGGGACGAUGCAGAUGCGUCAGGUCGCAUAGCAGCUUCCAUGAAGACAAGGAAGCUAUUAUCUCGCUAUGAGCAGGUUCAGACGCGAGUCAAAGCUCUUGCCUCCGACCUGUCCACCGACAAACUUGGACUUCAGACAGACAUGUACAACGAAAUCGCAACACGGGCAACCCUGAUCAUUCACAACGCUUGGGCGGUCAACUUCAACCUUGGCAUUUCUAGGCAAAGCAAUAGCUUCGAGCCACACAUCCGUGGAGCCGUCAAUUUAAUUAAUCUUGCCCUGGCAUCGCCUCAUCCCCGACCAGCAGACUUCUACUUCGCAUCUUCGAUCAGUGCUGUCGCAGCUUGGCGAGGACCAGGGUCAAUCCCGGAAGCCAUUACGGACGAUCCCUCUGUCGCUCAGGAGAUGGGCUAUGCACAAUCGAAGUGGAUUACCGAGAAGCUCUGUCAAGUUGCCUCCCAGCAGACACCUAUUCGGGCGGGCGUGCUACGAAUUGGCCAAAUGGUGGGAGACUCUCGGAAUGGCGUGUGGAACGAGACAGAAGCUAUUUCGCUCAUAAUCAAGUGCACAGAUACAAUCGGAAUUCUUCCCAACCUUGAAGAGUCAGUUUCGUGGCUCCCUGUGGACUACGCAGCAAAGGCUAUCAUCGAUCUGGUCAAUAUUCCCCCUCAAUGCUCGCCCUUGGGAGAGUGCCCGGUUUGGAACGUGAUUCACCCAAAGCUUGUGCCGUGGACGUCGAUCCUCUCGUCUCUCCAGCAUGCCGGCUUGAAAUUCAAAACCCUCCCGAGGCACGAGUGGAUCAAGGCUUUGCGGGCUAGCCCUGCUGAUGAAGUGAAUAACCCAAGCCGGAAGCUGUUGACCUUUUUUGAGAAUAGAUACGGACAAGAGGAACUGGCUACGCGGUACCCGUCAUUGACUGUGCAAACUGAGACAGCAAGCAAGAGCAUCAGGAACGCACCUAUUGCCGAUGUCGGACUGGUGGGGAAGUGGGUAGCUGCAUGGAGAGAGACAGGUUUUUUGGCUUGAAAGCAGUUGGCUCAAGCUCGUGGAUUCUAGUCGUGACGAAUGAACACUUCGCCCUCUGUAAGUCGAUCAUCAGAAUAGAGAUACUGGAUGCUUGUAUAUGUACGGUAGCUGUAUUUUGUGGCUGUACACAGCCAUAUACCAAACUCGACAAAAUACUUUGCA